UCGGGAUCCUCCCGGGACUGAGGGUUUUGCUGUUCUAUUGGAUUUUGAUGAUGAGGGUCUCUGUGGUCCUGUCUGUGGAAAUGUUGCCAGCCUACAUUUUACUGAGUGCCUUCUCUCUGUCAGGUGCUGUGGCUACAAGUCGUUGUGGAGCACAUCUCUUCAUCUCCACACCUCAGAGGAUGGAAGCUCUGAAUGGAACUUGUUUGCUGAUCCCGUGUAACUUCAGCGCUAAAGAUGGACAUGAGUUUGAUAGCACAAGAGAGACAUCUGGAAUAUGGAUUAAAAAUGACCCAGAUUUUCAACAGAACCCACAUAAUGUGAUUUUUGACAGUAAUAGACCACAUAACACCUAUCCCAUGAAUAUAACCGGAGACCUGAGGGAGAAAAACUGCACCACUCUGUUUGACAACAUUAACACAGAAUACCCGGACAGAUAUUACUUCAGAAUUGAACACCCAAGUUUCAGGGCAACAGCUAACUGUGAUCCUGUUAUAAUAAAAAUUCAUGGUUCUCCUCGGAGCCCCAGAAUAGAGAUCCCAGGAGACCUGAAGGAGGAGGAGUCUGUCACUAUAACCUGCUCAGCUCUCACUCCCUGUCAACACUCUCCUCCUAAACUCACAUGGAGUCUCCAAAGAGACUCUCUCAACAACAUGGAGGAAAACACAGAUGGAACCUUUACAACUCAAAUCCAGAGGAGCAUCACUCUGUCAGAGCACCAUGAUGGAUACAACAUCACCUGUUCUGCCACAUAUCCUGUGAAUGAAGGCAGUGAUGUGAGGACAGCAGAGGAGACAAAGACUCUCAGUGUUUCAUAUGCUCCUAAAAACACCUCAGUGUCCAUCAGUCCAUCAGGUUUGGUGUCAGCAGGUACCCUGGUUAACCUGACCUGCUCCAGCAGAGCCAAGCCUCCUGUCAGCAGGUUCACCUGGUUCAGGAUCAGCAACAACAGACCUGUGAACGUAUCUGAAGGAGAGUCUUACAGCCUUAAUGUGACUGAAGCAGGAGUCUAUCACUGCGUGGCCACUAAUUAUCUUGGUAAUCAGACAUCUUCAAGUAUGCCAUUGACCAUCAUCAGAGUUGAAGUUCUUCCUGAUAGUUCUCUACAAUGGGAAGCAGUGGUUGGAGGUAUCUUUGGGAUCAUUGUGUUCAUCUGUCUGCUUCUCUUAGUUUGGCGUUUCAAAUCUAAAGGUCCAAGUCCACAACAGACUCAGAUUCAAACAGGUGAACAGAUGUCUGCUGAAGAGCCUGCAGUAAAAACAGAGGAAGAAGAAGAACAACAACAACACAUCCAUUAUGGAGAGAUAGACUUCUCCAAACUGAGACAUGAACCAUCCUCUGACUCAGUGCAGGACAGAGGACAGCAGCAGGACACAGUGUACGCACAGGUCAAAGUGUCUGAGACAACAAACAACCAAACACAGAGUGCUGACAGCACAGAGGGUCUCUAUGCAGAACCCUCCUCCGCUGCUGCUAGAGAACCUUGGGCUAGUCAAGCCCUCAAGGCCUCCUUCUUCAGCCUGACGGCUUCCUUCCCAGCUGGUGUCCACCACCGGGUUCUUGGGUUACUACCUCGACAAGCACCUAUGGCCUUCAAGCCACAACCUCUAGCAGCAACUUCUGCAAUGGAUGCUUUGAACAUGGCCCAUUUGGAUUCCAUGUCCCCAACCUCCCCAAGGAUGCCGAUGAGAAAUCCCUCCAGAGGUGUCUUCACCGUUGACCAUGUGGGCAUUGAAGUCCCCCAGAAGAACCAUGGUGUGGUCCAGCUGGGAUCCCUUCCAGAACCCUAG